CAACGCAGCUACCCGGCAAUUUGUUUAUUUCCAAUUUUCUAGUUCUGAAAAAAAUUCUAUCACUCCAUUACACUUGGCCAGGGUUUGUUUGUAAAUCAUCGUGUAGUAUUUUAAAAGCACUACGUGAAUAGAAGAACAAUAGUAUCGCAUGAGGGGUUGAAUUGGAUUGUUCAAGUUCAACUAUGACAGAUAUUAAAGUUACUCCUUUGGGUGCUGGCCAAGAUGUGGGCAGAAGCUGUAUUUUACUUCAAAUGGGGGGAAAGAAUAUAAUGCUGGAUUGUGGCAUGCACAUGGGGUAUAAUGACGAGAGACGAUUUCCUGAUUUCUCGUACAUUGCAGAUGGAAAUUUAACAGAGUCCUUGGACUGUGUUAUUAUCUCACAUUUCCAUCUGGAUCAUUGUGGAGCUUUGCCAUUUAUGACUGAAAUGGUUGGAUAUAGUGGACCAAUUUAUAUGACUCAUCCAACUAAAGCUAUUGCUCCCAUACUUUUGGAGGAUAUGAGAAAAGUGGCUGUAGAGCGAAAGGGUGAAACAAACUUUUUUACUUCUGCACACAUCAAAGAUUGUAUGAAGAAGGUUAUUGCUGUCACUUUGCAUCAAACUGUCCAAGUUGAUUCAGAAAUUGAAAUUAAAGCUUACUAUGCUGGUCAUGUAUUGGGUGCAGCCAUGUUUCAUGUUAAAGUGGGCAAUCAAUCAGUGGUAUACACGGGCGAUUAUAACAUGACACCAGAUCGUCAUUUGGGUGCCGCUUGGAUUGAUAAAUGCCGACCGAACAUACUCAUUUCAGAAUCUACUUAUGCCACAACCAUCCGCGACUCCAAACGCUGUCGAGAACGUGACUUCUUAAAGAAAGUACACGAUUGUGUAGACAGGGGAGGCAAAGUUCUCAUUCCCGUUUUUGCUCUUGGUCGGGCCCAAGAACUAUGUAUUUUGUUAGAAACCUAUUGGGAGCGAAUGAAUUUGAAAGCCCCCAUCUACUUUGCCGUGGGACUUACCGAAAAGGCCAAUAAUUACUACAAAAUGUUCAUUACUUGGACCAAUCAAAAGAUUCGUAAAACUUUUGUUCAAAGAAACAUGUUUGAUUUCAAACACAUCCGUCCAUUUGAUAAAAGUUAUGCCGAUACUCCUGGGCCGAUGGUGGUCUUUGCUACGCCUGGAAUGCUCCACGCAGGUCUCUCAUUACAACUCUUCAAAAAAUGGGCACCGAAUGAAAAUAACAUGUUAAUCAUGCCUGGAUAUUGCGUUUCUGGAACGGUUGGAGCGAAGGUAUUAAGUGGCGCUAAAAAAGUAGAAACUGAAAACAGACAAGUUAUUGAAGUAAAGAUGUCCGUCCAAUACAUGUCGUUUAGUGCACACGCUGACGCCAAAGGUAUCAUGCAAUUGAUCCAAUAUUGCGAGCCCCAAAACGUGCUUCUCGUUCAUGGUGAAGGGGUUAAAAUGGAAUUUUUGAAACAGAAAAUUCAGCAAGAGUAUGGUAUCGACUGUUACAUGCCAGCCAAUGGAGAGUCAGCGUACAUUCCGUGCAAACCAGUCGUUCCGGUUGAUGUAUCGCUUUCCUUACUGAAAAAAGAAAUGGCACUCUAUGAUACCGUAGGAGCACCAGAUCCAAAACGACCUUGUCGGAUGCAUGGUGUACUGGUCAUGAAAGAUAACGUUCUAAGGCUUAUGGAACCGGAAAAGGCAUUCGGUGAAUUAGGGUUAAAUCGACAUGCCAUUCGAUUCACUUCCUGUCUACAAUUACGACUGCCUGGAUCGGCUAGCAGAGCAAUGGAUCAGAUACAGCUUAUUUUAAAUUCGCAAAAUACGAAUUACCCAGUUAAGCCAUCUGAAGAAGGUGUGUUGAAUUUGGAGUCGGUUAGCAUAAAAAUGGAAUCUACCGAUAAAGAGGACCGUAAAUCUAUGAUGAUCUCCUGGGCAUUGCAGGAUGAGGAUUUAGCUACGUGGAUAAUGUCCUCACUACGACAAGUAAUUGUGUGAUGAUCUGGUCAUUGUGUAUAACUGAAUAUGAUACUGAUGCCCUCUAUUCCUUGAAGGGUUCAAAACAUAAGAAAUCAAUUUUUA